AUGGAGGUUCCCGGCAAGAAUCCCUGUGGAGUUAGACCUUUCUACUGGAAGAAGGACGUUCCCCUUGAAGACACGACCCGCCCUCCUCUGGUCACCAACAAGGAAGAGGUUGCGGAUGGCAUGAACAUCACUUGGGACGUGCCUGUUACCAUGCGCGACGGUCUGAAGGUUUACGUGGAUGUGUUUCGCCCCGAAGGUGUCACGGGCAAGCUUCCUAUCAUCUUCACCUUCAGUCCUUACGUCGCGGCUCGUGGGGAUCCGAGGGUGACCUCGACAUUUUCAGCCAACAAGAAAGCCGUGAUGGCCAUGACUGUAUUGAAUGGGCUGUGGGGAAUCGCCGCUCAGAACCCUCCGCAUCUGGCGGCUUUUGUUCCCUGGGAAGGGUUCACUGAUUUCUACCGCGACUAUACCCACCAUGGUGGUAUUCCAGAGACCAAGUUCCUUCAUUUCACUCAGUGGUCCUGCCGAGCUGGUGUCAAUCUGGUCGAGGAUCUUAUUGAGAACAACAAGGCCCAUCCUCUUCUUGAUGACUACCAUAAGUCCAAGUGUGUCCAGGAUCUGUCCAAGAUCACUACCCCGACAUAUGUCGUUGCCGACUGGGGUGACCAUGGGAUGCACACUUGUGGCACUUUGAACGGAUUCGUCGGCAUCAGUUCGGAGGACAAGUGGCUUGAAGUGCAUGGCCAAAAGAAGUGGCGCUACUUCUUCGAGCCUGAGAGUGUACGACGUCAGGAGGCUUUCUUCCAGAAGUUCCUCAAGGGUGAGAAGAGUGAAGUCGACAAUUGGCCUCGAGUUCGUCUUGAAGUUCGCGAUCGAGCUUGGAAAGGCCAGUUCCGGCCCGAAAAUGAAUGGCCCCUUGCUCGCACCCAAUACACCAAAAAGUACCUCGAUGUUGCUCAGGGCAAACCUCUCGACCAGAAUCCGUCCACGAUUUCGAUGAGCAGCUACAACUCCCAAAGGAAGAUCCAGUACUAUCCCAGCUAA